UCAAGGCUAUUGUAUGAUGGUAAGGAAUUGAGCAUUAAAGGGUAUACCAGGGCUUUGGCUUUCGACAAUAUGGAUAAAGUAGAGGUUAUGCAUAUUACGGAUGUGUCACACAUUUCGUUUUCAGACCUCCAAAAAGUAAAGUCAUUGAGAAGUAUACAUUUCAAGAAAUGCAAAGACAUGUUUUCUGCAGAACUGGAUGAGAGUGUUGUCAUCCAUUCAGUUCACAAUCUUACGAUGCAAGAAUUAUGUAUUACUGGAGAAUUGUUCUCAAAGGUUUUGAGGUGUUUCCCGGCCCUUUCCCAGCUUACCGUCGGAAAUUGUGAGAGCCUUGAACUUCUGCCUAUGGAGGAUGGAGGACUCUCGGGCCUCAAGAUGCUCCAAUCAUUUACAGGAUACGGUUGGGGGAACCUGUUCUCUCGGUGGCCCAUGGGCGAAGUAGGUGGAGGAGCUCAUGCCAUCAAGCCUUUCCCUACUUCCCUCAGGGAACUUGAGAUUUACAAAGAUACAAGCAUGCAGUCAAUGGGUCUGCUCUCAAACCUCACGUCUCUUAGCAGUCUAAGCCUGGUGAGUUGCAGAGAAUUGACAAUGGAUGGGUUCAAUCCUCUCAUCACAGUGAACCUCAAGAAAUUUACUGUAAAUAAUAUGUAUCAGAAACAAGGGAACAUGUGUAUAGCAGGGGAUCUGCUCUCAGAGAUUGCAAGGAGCAAAUUAAUGCACGCAGGUUCAUUCCAGUUGAAAGAAUAUAGGGUGGAUAGCAUCUCAGCAGUGCUUACUGUUCCCAUCUGCAGCCACCUUGCCGCUACCCUCCACACAUUGUGUUUCAGUUAUGAUCAGCGGGCAACAACCUUCACGGAAGAGCAAGAGCAAGCGCUGCAGCUCCUCACCUCCCUCAAAUAUCUCGAAUUUCAACGUUGCUAUAAUCUGCAGUCCCUCCCUCGAGGGUUACGUGGCCUUUCUUCUCUGAAGAAACUAGUGAUCUGGCGUUGUAAUAAAAUGCAAUGCCUGCCGCCUAAGGAAGGCCUCCUCGCUUCACUGGAAAAGCUGAGAGUAUGGUGUUGUGGCCGUGAGCUAAAUGUGCAAGCCAGAAAACUGAAAGAAAGUGACCCAUGGUUUUAUGUUGGAGCAGCAGGGUAAGAAGCAGCAGGCAAAGGGCAUGAGAAGGCAGCAGGUGUGCCAAAUAUGUGGCGACACUGUAGGCAGUUCGGCCAACGGUGGCGUCUUUCUUGCCUGCAACAAGUGUGCCUUCCCAGUCUGCCGCCCUUGCUAUGAGUAUGAAUGCAAGGAAGGGAACAAGUGCUGGUGCCAGACUAGAUACAAGAGGCUGUGAAAGAACUAUAAGCAGACCUGACUGAUGGAUCAUAUGACACCAGGUUUUAUCGUUCUGCCGUUAGCAUGAUUUGAUUCUGCAAACUAUGCCUUAUCUGGAAAGGAACAACACUUCUGAUGGU